CCUAAAAACCUUUUCUUUUUCUCUUUUUUUCUCUCUCUCUCUUUCGAUUCAUGGAUUCCAACGUCUCCAUCGAUUGAAUCGACUCCAAAACCCUGAUUCCCUUGUUGAUUGAGAGGAUAAGGCCCUGAUUUCUCUCAAAUUCACUGGUUUCUAGGGCUAAAUCCGUGGUUUGUUCUGACUUCAGAGGUAUUUUGAGGUCUCUGAGAUGGAGGGAGCAGCGGGGGCUUACAACCCGCGGACGGCGGAGGAGGUGUUCCGGGACUUCCGGGGACGCAGGGCCGGCAUGGUCAAGGCCCUCACUACAGAUGUGGAGAAGUUCUAUCAGCUCUGCGAUCCUGAGAAGGAGAAUCUGUGUCUGUAUGGGCUACCAAAUGAAACAUGGGAAGUAACCUUGCCUGCAGAGGAAGUGCCACCGGAGCUCCCCGAGCCAGCUCUGGGUAUUAAUUUUGCCAGAGAUGGGAUGGAUGAAAAGGAUUGGUUGGCGCUGGUUGCAGUUCACAGUGAUGCAUGGUUGCUGGCUGUUGCUUUCUAUUUUGGGGCACGUUUUGGGUUUGAUAAGGAUGCCAGGAGGCGACUCUUUCAAAUGAUCAAUAACCUCCCUACCAUCUACGAGGUUGUGACUGGAAGCACAAAGAAGCAAACAAAAGAGAAAACCCCCAACAGCAGUAAUAAGAACAACAAAUCAAGCUCAAAGACGCAGUCCCGGCAUCCAGAGUCUCAGACCAAAUCUACGAAGAUGUCUUCUGCAAAGGAGGAAGAAGAAAGCGGAGAAGAGGAUGAAGAAGAGGAGGAUGAGGACGAGCAUGGGAACACUCUGUGCGGUGCGUGCGGUGACAACUACGCGCAUGAUGAGUUCUGGAUUUGCUGCGACGUAUGUGAGAAAUGGUUCCAUGGAAAGUGCGUGAAGAUCACUCCUGCCAGGGCUGAGCAUAUCAAGCAAUACAAGUGCCCGGCCUGCAGCAACAAGAGAGCCAGAGUUUGAAUCAAAGAUCAAAAGGUUGCAGGUCCUGAGUUGAUUGUGUUUAGAUUAGGAACCAUUUCAGAUGCAGGUCUCAACAUAUAUCUUUAUGUUGAAAUCAGAAUUUUAUGUGUUUAGACCCUUUUUAGUUUUCUUUUUAUCGUCUUUUUAACUGAUGUGCAGUGAUGUGCAUGUGCAAUAUGGGCGCGUGUGUUUUGAUUUAACAUGAUCAUCGUUUUAAUCAUACAUCAGUUUGUUUAAUGUCAAAAUUUAUUGUUUUUUA